UUGGUACACACAUUGACAGUUUCUGGUGACUUUUUGUUGGUAAUUCUACUUUAUGUAAUCGGGCAACCAUUCGGCCGGAGAUAUUUAGAAACUAGGUUUUAAAGUGCGAUUUCACAAAAAUACAAUUAAAAAAUGACUGCCUGGAGAGCUGCUGGUCUCAACUACAUCAACUACUCCAACAUUGCCGCGAAAUUGCUCAGGCAAGCUCUGAAGCCAGAAUUGAGGGCCGAAGCUGCCAAGAGGAGUGAAUCCCAUGUUAAGAUUACCAAAUGGGCUGAUGGAAAACCAAUCAGUGGAAGGGAAUAAGUAAGUUUGUGUGCAAUAUCAAGUUGAUUAACCAAAUACAGUUUUUAAUUGAGUGAAUUUUUAACCUAGUAAAGUUUAUUUAACUUGUAUUUUACAGAAUUUGUUUGUAUUUUUUCAAUAUUUGCAUGGGAAUAUUCUUAUAUAAUUGUAUACUGUGGUAAUGAACUUUCUUUAAUUAUAUGUUGUUUCUUUCAGGGGAACCAGUACAGUCAGCUUAAGAUAGAACACCUUUCCAUAUAAUUAAUAUGUUGUAAAUGUUAUUUUAAAAUAGAGCUUGUUUCCAAUUUA